AUGGGGGCAUCGUGCAAGUCUUCUGACCUCAGCACGGGUCAGUUCCAGGAUGAAUACGAUACAGAGAAAUGGAAUGACUACAAAGUGCCUGAUCUAGUAUCCGCACGCAUUGGCGGGAGAGAUGCCGACCAGAAGGCGUCCAAGUCGUGGACCAGUUCCUUCCUCAAGGACAUCUUCGCCUCCUGA